AUGGAUUCCAUGGAGAGCCAACUGAGAGAAAUGUUAAGAGAGUUUAAAUCUAGAAGCAAGGCCAAAGUUAUUCUGGAAUCAGGUUUAUUCAUGCUUAUUUUGUUGUUCCUGUUUGUUGGAAACUCCUUAACACUCCUGGUUCUGUUGUUAAACCGACGAAUGCGAACAAUUCCAAACAUGUUCGUGGCAUCACUCGCCGUCUCCGACUUAUUACUAGGAGUUUUGAGUGUAGGUCCUUUAGGCAUCCCUACAUUAGUGACUUCUCAUUGGCCUUUUAAUGACACGAUCUGUCAAUUUCAAGGUUUCAUUAUUAUUACGUUGGUUGUUGCAUCGAUUCAAACAAUGGUCUUCAUGGCGGUGAACAGAUAUUUUAGAAUCGUCAAAUCGACAAAGUACCGCCGUUACUUCACCAAGACGAAAACCCUAACUAUGAUUUUUGUGACAUGGCUCUAUUCUAUUUGUGUUCCACUAAUUCACUUGCUAAGAGGGAAAAAAAUGAUCUUUCAUCCCGCCAAGUUCUUCUGUUCUUUUCCAAUCGAAAGCAGUGCAUUUCUGGCCUAUGGUUUUCGGCUUUACGUAGGGAUUCUUACUUGCGUUAUCAUCUACUGCUACUUUAGAAUCUUCACAACCGUUCGCCGCCACAAUAACAAUUUUCCUGGCAAUCCAAUAAGCCCGGUAAACGUAGAAGAAGUUAAGGUGGCUCGCACCAUAUUCGUAGUAGUGGUGUUUUUUAAUCUGUGUUGGAUUCCAGUCUUAACAAUUGACCUUGUGGACACGGCUCGCCAAAAGUGGACCUUCCCUCCCGAGGCUUACCUGGCAUAUACAUUUAUGGCCACAAUAAGCAGCGCUUUGAAUCCACUAAUUUACGGCGUGCUCAAUAAGAGUUUUCGCAAGAAUUAUCUGAAGGUACUACGUUGCAGAUGCUGCCGUUCUCAAGCUGUCGUAGAGCCAUUGGCUAUGCGAGUAAGAGCGAGUGUUGUCGCCAUGGGACCAUAG